AAAUAAGAGAGAGAAAUCGGAAAAAGAAACCUCAGGCCCAAAACUCUAUAUCAUAUGAUAAAGAUAAUUCAUCAUGUGAUAUAAAAACUGUUUCUCAGGGAAACGAUCAUGAUAAUUCAUCUUGUGAUAUAAAAACCGUUUCCCAGGGAAAUGAUCAUGAUAAUUCAUCAUGUAAUAUAAAAUCUGUUUCCCAGGGAAACGAUCGUGAUAAUAUUGAAA